AAUUUCAGCAAUUGGUUUGUUAGGGCGUGCUCUCUAAUAGUGUUCCAAUGUUGCAGCCUUGAAGCGAAGGCAUGCAUUUAUGAGUAGCUGUCAUGAAACUGACAAUGGAUCAUAUUAAAUAUUGAAAGGUAAUCUAUUUGUUACGUUUAGUUUAGUUUUCAUGGUACACUGGCAUUUCCCUGUUCCUCUCUUUGUGCGGGCCUUAUUGUGCCCUUGUGGGAGGAACAUAAUGGUAAUGUAUACACCAGGCUCCUUCAGGCAGGACAAAAACCAUUGUCUGUACUUCAAAGGGGCUGUUGUGGUGAGGCAAGUGACAAAUGGCCUUGCUUUGGACAUCCCCACAGCUUGUAAUAGCAUCUGUAGUAGUCGGUGCGCAAUGACCGGUGAUGGGACGCUGCCCACUAUCAAAUUUUCGGGGCAGCCCCAUUGGAUAUCGGAGGUGAUUCCGUCUUUUGGCGCAGGCAUGUGGAAAAUGUGCUGAAAGGCUUGAUAAUGAAUUAGUUGUGUUAGGGAGGGAACGUGAUCCGUGUCAAAUCCUGCUCAGGUGGACUGAUCCUGCAGACUUAAUUCACAUAUGGCAGUCUCUCUGUCAGACAUGAUAUAAUGAAACUAAUUAGGGGAGAUGGGGGAAUUGCUGCUGGUGUGGAAAAUAAUGCAUAAAGUGCCCUGCUCUGAAUAAGGGACCAAUGCUCCGGGGGACUUGACGCGACAGUGAACCUGUCUUUCCCAGAAAAAAUGACAAAAAUCAAUACAUAAUAAAGUCCCUAAUUGAAUAAAUAUAUUGGUGUUAGCGCUGAAGCUCUAAUGGGCAUGCACGUCAGAAAGCCAGGCAUUUGCAGGGGUGGCUUUAUGAAUGACAGUGCGCAAGGCUGGUGAUCCCCCAGAGUUGUGGAACGAACCACGUCACUUCCUGAUGCGAGGUGAUCCCCACAUGCAUGCCAGCGUGUGUUGGCUAGGGAUCCUGGCUGAUUAGAAUGAGUGGGGCCCCCGGCUUAAUAGCACUGGGCGUGACAGUAUUAAGAAAUCCUCAGUUGGCUAUUGUGUGAGAUCAAUUGAAAUUACGCGUGCAGUCGGAGCAGGAGCCAUUUCGGCGUGGUGGCUUGCCGGCACCCAUUUCCUCCUGCCUGUUGGACUGUUAUCUCCACUAUGAGGGCUGCUGAUGGAUGAAUGAUUUGCAGACAGAGGAGCUUCAGUUUAUUGUGAAGUGCGGCUUUGGGUGGUGUGAUUUAGAGGAUACGAUGGUGGCGACGAAGACGGCUGCUGCAGCCGUGCUCCUCGUUCUCCUAGCCUUGCAAGGAGCUGGAGGCUGCCCCAAGCAGUGCAAGUGUGAUGCCAAGACGCAAGAAGUUGCCUGCGCGGGAAAGGGGUUGACAGAAAUUCCGUUCGGAUUACCUGUGGAUUCCAAGCGGCUGAUCAUCACGGACAACAACAUCGCCGAAGUGACGGGGAGACAGCUGAGUAAGCUCUCCCUGCUGGAGUACCUUGAGCUCUCCAACAAUAAGAUCUCCAAGAUCCAUUCAGGAGCCUUCAAGAAGCUGGUCAAGCUACGAUCCCUCCUUCUUGCAGGUAAUAAUCUGACAAUGAUAUACAAAAAUACUUUUGAUGGCUUGGACAAUUUGACUUACUUAGAUUUGAACAGUAACAACUUGCUUUUGCUCCAAGAGAACAUCUUCAGUAAUUUGCCCCGCCUAGAUACUCUUAAGCUUGGGGACAAUCCACUCAUUUUUGUCCAAGAAAAAGCCUUCAAGGGCUUGCCAGGCCUGAGAGAGUUUGUGAUGAAGAAUACCAACGUUACCAUUAUGCCAUACACCGCUAUUCGGUCACUAUCAGGCCUUAUGACUUUAAGGUUAUCACAGGAUAACUUUGACACAAUACAAGACAGGCCCUUCAAAGGUAUGAGAAAAUUGCGUAAGCUAUACCUAACCGAUUGGAAGAAGCUUUCUAGUCUUGGUGAUGAUGUGUUUCGUGGCCUCAACCUAGACUUGUUAUCCCUAAGAGGGUCACAGCUAUCAUCAGUGCCAGUGAAGGCUCUGAGACGUUUGAGGCAUUUAAAAACACUAAUUCUGACAGGACUUCCAAUCAAAAGAUUGAUGAGAAAUUCAUUCAAGAAAUUGCCAAAAUUAGAAGAGCUGUACCUAAAUAACAUGGAACUCAUUUCUGUUAGUGCCAGUGCCUUUUAUGGUCUAAAGAGGCUGAAAAUCUUGGACCUGUCCAAAAAUAAAUUGACAACUCUUUACCGUGACUGCUUUGGCACAAGUUCUGUGCCCAGCCUGCAAGUGUUCAACCUAGCAGACAAUGACUGGAAUUGCAACUGUGAAUUGCAGUGGUUGAUGGAAAUCUUACGGACCAUUCCCGAAAGUGGGAACUCUGUAAACUGCGAAGAACCCCGAAAUCCCGACGCCCCAGACAUCCCCAUCCCCCUGCGGAAUAUGACAGAACAAAUUGCCGCCCAGUCAUGCAAGCCACCUUCCGUGUCUGUAAGAAUUGGGGACCCUGACGGAAACGACACAGUGAAGGUGGGGACCACUGUAGUUAUCCAUUGUAACGCUUCUGGGGAUCCCAAACCGAUCAUAGAGUGGGGUGGGCCGUGGGGACACGGGCGUCUGGCCUCCACUCACAGCGAAUAUGAGGAGAAAAGUCACUUCCUGGCGCUGGGUCCAGACGCCCUGGUUAUCACAGAAGUGAAAGGAAAAGACAGCGGGAAUUACACCUGUUUUGCACGGAACGGGGCAGGGACGGCACAGGCAAUCAUACAGCUACGUGUUCAGGGUAGAAUGAAGAAUCUCGACCCAGAGCAGCGAAUAGGGCGAAACGGGAACAAUCCCUUCACAAACUCAACACUGAAGAGCAACCAGUCCGACUAUCCGGCAACAUUUGACCAACUCUUCCCCAUCCUCCUCGGCAGCAUUUUAAUGGGGAGUGGCACAUUUUUGGCCGUAGUAAUUCUAUGUUUGAUAGUGUUCCUAAUCUUGAGCAAGGCAAAGAAACCAAGGGGACCUGAUCUUGGGGAUGAGUAUGUAGCAGCUUCUCACGAUUCAGGUGGAGCGGGAGGUGGAAAAGGAAGAAAACUAAGGACCAAGAUUUAAUGUGUGCCACCGUGCAUCACUCACGGGACAACGGUUCCUGCUAAACUUAUUGUUGGUGAUGCCGGAAAGGGUGGGUGAACUCCAUUACUUGCUUGCUGAGUUUAUGACCAAAAUGGAGAACUGCGCACCAUAGCUGAAGGGCAGAAGAUCCUCUGCAGCAGUAUCAUGAGGGUUGGUAAGUCCAUGAUUUAUGGUAGGGAAAGAAUGGGGCACAGACGUGCAGCACUUUGGUGCUUCCAUUUGGCCCUUGGGAGCAAUUUCUCUAGUGUUGGCAAUUUUUAAGCUGCAAUUAGUGGGGAGGAGACUGAAUCCCUAGGACAGCUCUGAGGCUACAAUGUCGUAAGCUUGGCCACCUCGCCAUUAAAAGAGGCAAAUGUACCAAGUUGCCUCGGCGUGUUAAUUCUUCCUAAUGUGGCAAUGGGGUCAGCCAAAGUGACCACAGUAAUGAGUUCUCAGAACUAUUGCUCUCCACCUGUUCACGGUGACGUCCAAGUUUGAUUGGUGAUGCAAUAAACAUAAGCUGAAAUGGGACUGGAUUAUACAUGUGUGUUGUGUUAAAUGUAGACUGGCUCUAACUGAUCAGAGCCAAACCGACUAAAGCUCCGUCUUUACAACCCAAGUCAGCCGGUCUAAUCCUUUGAGCUGUACGUUGACAUAUUCCACAGGUUGUUUUUGCCAUAAACAUUUAAAUGACUGCACACGUUUAUGCACACCGGUGGGUUUGGGUCAUUCCCCGAUGAUUGGAAAGGAACUGCUUUGACGACAUAGUAGCUGCCCUCGAGGCACAAGAGGGAGAAAGUGUAUCAAAAUUGAGCUGACAAUUCCUCGGAGGGAGAUAUGAGGUUCAAUUUUAGGUCCAGCCUGUAAAUAGUGUAAGAUGAGGUCUGGUCGUUGACUGAAAAGGAAACCACCAGCUGCAAAAUAGGGUGUGGCAGCUGCUAUGGGAAAUGCCAGAAAUGCAGUUGAUGUAUUUGCAUCAAGGAAUAUUUUUAUCUCAUCGGGGCUCACUGGAGUGGUGCGUGUUGGCUAUAGUGUGUUUAGUGGAGCGGGGUAAUGUGUAUCGGUGCUUUUACCUCAUAUCAGCAGUGGGAUAAUUGUGAAAAAACAUGGCAGAUUUUGCCAGGAGUGCUUAUUUGCCAGUGUCUUGUGGGACUCGGCAUGCAAUCUGUCUUCUCCUGUCUUACAAUUGAUGUAACAAGGAUAACAUCAGUGCAACUGAGGUCACCGCCAAUAGUCGUCGUUACACAAUCUUUUUCCAAGAAGCAGCUCACUCAACAUGUCAGUAACAGUUUGAUGGUAACGGCAAGCAGCUUGUAUCAUAUGUCCUGCUGAUUUUUACCCAUUUAUAUCAGACUGCAUUACAUUCCUGACCCAAUCUGCAGCACAGCUCCACAUAGUGUCAUGGCUAUGGUAUAACAGCGGAGAAAAAUCCAAUAAACGUAGCCAUCAAAUCAGGUCGUUCUUCCUCGGCAGCAUGCGUAGGCAUGCACCUGUGAAAAUAUGGAACUGGGACUGGGUAUAAAAGGGUUUCCCUCGUAUAUAACUAGCCUUGAGCUCAAGGAGGGGGAAAUAUAUUACAAAUCAUAUAUUUUCUUUUUGGUUGUGUUUUUUAUAUUAUACACGUACAUGAAACACAGAAAGAAAGGAUUAAGCCAAGCAAAAUAUUCAUCCAUAAUGAUUGAAGGACAGUACAUUAUGGUGCAUAAGAGCCCUUUGAUAAUUAGAUCUAUGGAUUAUUGGUAUCUCCUAUGGGCCUCUUGGUUUUAGGCUCCUGUGCAGACUAUACAUGAUAAACGAUCCAAUAAUAUGGAUUCAGUCCUGCUUUUGAUUAUUGGAUACAUCUGCAGGAUUUUUAGUGAUUUUUCAUUUUAAGAGGAUUUUUGACUUAAACUGAGGAUGAGAACUGGAUGGUAUCAAGCAUUGCUUAAGAAGUCUUAAUACUAAACAUACUUAUUAUCAGAACUUGAGCAUCACCAUUCUUUGAAAUGAUGAAUGCAUUGUCAACUAACACCAUGUCUGUCUGUAACAGAUCUGCCAUCAACUUUGUUCACUUAGAUACUAUCUUCGUUUGCUUUCCAGCAUAAUCUUCCAGUUGUGCAGAACACACAUGUACAUUUCCUAAGAAAAAUUACUGCACCAAUUCCUAUUAGGCAAGGGAUUGAUAAAUUGAUGUGUUUUCAGUGCUGAUCCAUUUUGGGCAGCAGUGGUGGAAAUUUCAUCGAGCUGUCCGUUCUUUGAGCAAAUAAAUGAUGUACAGAUUUUAGGUCUUACUGAGGGGGUUAUGAAAGGUCAUAUAUAGGCAAUACCAAAGAGAAGAAAAUGGAUAACACGCAAAGCCCUCCAGCCAGCAUAUUUGUGCGAUUAGAUUUGUCCUUUGUAAAGAUUUAUCAAGCAGUUGCUACAGCCUGCGCAGUGUUUUACAUCAUCAGGUCAGGUCUAUUUCUCAGCUCGUUAUGCAACAAGGUAAUUCUUCACUUCCCCAACAGACGGAAUUUAAUUACCGCUCAGCAAAAUGGUCUUUGACAGGCCAGAACCAGAAUUGCUUUGUUAGGCCCUCCGCCUAGCAUAUUAAGCUUCUCAUGUGUGUCCUGCACAUAAAUUUCCCUCGCAGGCUUCUCUACUGGCAGGAAAUCCCGGAGUUGAUUGUCGAGCCUGGCCAAUCUAAUUUGUACCUUUUCUCCCGGAAUCAUCUCCAACAGGUGUGAACUGGUGACAGUUUUCUAUGAAACGUCAUUCACACCUGGUGCCUUCCAAUUAGAUAUGACUUCCCUGGCUUUUAUGCAGAUCAAGUCAAUUCUUGUGGCCAUUAUGAAACAGGGGCAUCCUUUCUUUAGAACAAAUGGCUGUGAUGAUAUAUCAUUAGGGGCCCUGGCGGGUGGUGCUGUGAAUGUUGUAAUCUGGUCUUGUUCAACAUGUAUAACUACCCAUUUUCCAUUGAAAUGAAGCUGGCUAUAAUGAACAGGAAACUAUAGAUUAUUAUGAGGGAAACAUUACUCACAUUGACUCUUGAGCCAAUUUUCUAGUGUUUCUCUAGACUUGAUCAGUAAAAAAGGGUUUUUGAGAACAACAGUUUAUUUUGAACAUGGCAAAAAAAGUCGUGAGCUUGAACCAGCGAUUACCUUCUACGUGUUGACAUGUGGAAAAGGAAGCUAGAAACAGGUGGCUAGAUUUACCAUGUUGCACACUGUAUUGAUUUUUGCAGCAGAGUAUGAAGACGAAUGUUCCAGGGUUAUCUUUACACUGUGUAAGGCCAGUGCAACAUGUAAUGGCAAAGGUUUCUAAGUCUUAAAUCAGCCGAAAGUAGGUGUGUUUGCUAAUCCCGGCCUCAGGAAGGUUUAUCAGUGGUCUGUAUCUGCACUCUUCAUUAUGGAGCAUCGGGUAAUUGUGCUGCUGAGCUGAUAAGUCAACUACUUGGCAUUGCUUCCUACUCAUCAACAGAUAGUAUCGGCCUGGAAUGAUGAAAACCAGUUACUUGCUACAGAAAGAUAAUGAUAACAGUCUGUUCCCUGUUGCAGCACAGUCACGCAGCUGACUGUGGGCUUCAGAAUCCUCCAUGUUUCGUAUCAAAAUGUUUUGGAAGCAUAGCACUACAUACAUUUUAGUUUAAAAGAAUUUUUGCAAGAGCAAUUUGGCUUGUUGCUUGAAGGAAAACUGUAACACCGUAUGGAUUUUUACCAAAACUAACAUUACCCAUAGGCACACAAGCUGAGUGCUAUACACAUACUUAUAUGUCAUCAUCAUCAUCAUCAUCAUCAUGGUAGAUGCAUCUACAUGUACUGAGGCAGGCCAUCUACCAGGACUUUAAGGCAAAAUUUGAGGAGAAAUACUACUCAACAAAAGCCCAGAGAUAAGUCUGAAGCCAUAAAGGGAGUAACUGCAUGUCCAAGAUGUCAUCUCUGAAUCAGAUCUGCUAGCAGGGUCCAUUAGCACAUUAUGUAGCUGAGCAACUCCCCAGUAGUCCUCUAUGAUCUAAUCUUGAAUAUUUCAUGGGCAUCUUGCCCCAAGGUCAAUUAACCAUUUGUCUGAGCCAGUGUUGAAGACCUUUGACAUCCACAAAAUCUGGUAGAGCUACGUUCCUAAUUGUUGCAUAUCAGAACCAUCUACAAAUCUUCACAGCUCGGUUGCACUGUAAAGCCCCUGACAAUUGCCGCAUUAUUGAGCUGUUUAUCUUAUUUGCUGAAUCUGCAAGCAUAAGCAGACCUGGUCUGCUCUGUCUUAAAUUCCUCAUUCGCAUCACAAAUUUGACUGAAUGAAAUUUGUUGUGUAAAUGUUUAUGGAGGGAGGACAUUUCAUCCCCUAUAUAUUAUCAGUGGGAAUAUAAUAUUCUUAACUUAUUUGGCUUGGGAAAUUCUUUUUCUGAUUUUUUUUCUUUUCUAUUGCUCUCCAAUGUUCAGCGUUCUUCAAUAAAGCAUAAUAGGGUAAUUUUUAAUGCCUCAGUUAAAAAUCAAUUCCUCCUAGCUUUCUGUCAUAGUUUCAUUUACUCGCUAUUGAACGGUCAUCUGAUAGGGAAAAAUGCUGCCCAAAUUACAAAAUUCCAAUGUCUACGGAAACUCUGGUGGCAGGGUUGGACAAGUCCACUAGCCCGAUUAUCCAGGGCAAGUGAAAGGGCUGAUAGGGCAAGCAUAUGUCCUACCCCACUUAUUUGAUUGGGCAAGAAAGAUUUUUCCAUGAGAGAGAUUCUGAUAUACUUGUUACCUUUCAAAGCCAUAGGAUCAAGCCUUGGUCAAAAUUGAGCCAACAAUGAAAGAAUUCCAUUGUCAAAGGUCAUUUAAAUGUCCAGACGUGAAAAGUCAGUUCUAGCAAGUACAUUUUCUAUCUUCUUGUCUGAUAGGACAAGUGAACUUUAGAAAACUUGUCCAACCCAGCUGAUAGGCCCGCCAUGUACACACCUGUCUGCCAGAGAGCAGCAGGUGGACACAGAAAAUUCAUUACAAAACCGCGCACCCACCCACCAUGCCUGACAAGUGUGACCAAUGGGCUCUGUGUUACAAUGCUAAGACCAUCUUCUAUUAUUCUAGCCAACUGCUUUCAUUGAAUUUCUGGCACAAUUCAUCCGUACUUUCUGUGAUGAAGUUUGCUGUUGUUUGGCAACAUCUGGUCUGUCUGGCCAGUAAUGUUCCUGCAGAAGGAAUAGUUAUCAUCUUAUCACACAGCCAGGCCCCUCUGUCCUAACUAAGGUCAAGGGUUCUGCAUAUUCAUGCACUUUAACCAUCUGGUAUGCUAUCAACAGUUGACAAGGCCUGAACAAAAAAAAAUAAUGUUUAUUGCAGCAUUUGCAUUUCCCAGAAGAUUGUUGCUGCAAAUUGUUUUCAAAUAGAUACAGAUUUCUGAAAUAAUGAUAUCAUGAUAUCAGAAUUUUAGUAAAACUAUCUGUGAUAACAGAUAAUAGUUAAUUCAUCAGGAUCCAAGUUGAAUGUUUACACGGAAGCAAAUUCUUCACAAUGUCAAAAAAUAGUACUUGUCCAUGGUGCUGAAUAGAUAGUCAUUGUGAGUUCUUGCACAAGAUUGGCAUUCUUGCUUGCGAGGGACAUUUCGCAUUCAAACUGCAUGUAAAUAGGAGAGACAAGAUUGCUGCCACUUCCUUUUGUGACAGCUUGAGUGAAUUUUGCCACUGACUAUGGAGCAAAAGGAAAGAAAAGACAGUUCCAGUAGGGAUACUACUUGCAUGUUGCGGAGGCAGUUAUAUUGGUUAAUGCAAUUCUGUCUGUACCAGUUGAAUGUGAAUUCCAUUCACCAUGUAUGUGCACAUCUGCCAUACAUUGUUCUUGACAUAGUGUCUCAUCCACUGAUCUUAUGAAGUGAUAUGCCACUAAUUUAUUAAAGAAAUCUGGGUUUCCUUCCCGAAAUGUAUACCAUGAGUGGCUUUGUCAAAAUCUCAACCCUAGUCUCAAGUGGUUGCUUUUAUCUGGCCUUUUCAAAUUGUCUGCUCAUAAAUAUACAGAUUAUCAUUCCUUGGAAACCAAUUUUUGCAUUGUUGCACACAUCCAUGGCGCCAAGAGCUGUUAAGGCAGUGGCUAUGGGGCCGCCAGAGGGUUAUGAAAACAGUCUGUAUCAAUCUUGCUAAGAGAGACAAUAAUAUUCAGAUUAACUCAAUUUUUGUUGCCAGAUGGAAAGAUAUCGGGUCAAUAUGGGAGGACAGUGACCCUGAGAAGAAAUUUAUGGAGGAUGAUGAAAUAUCGAUUAUGAUACAAAGCAGACAUGCAUGUGCCAAAUCAGUGGGCUGUAGGCAACAAAUUAAAGAAUGGAAAAGCUUAUCAUGAAGGGAAGUUUUUGUUGUUCAAGUUCAAGUUGAAAAAAAGUUCCAGCUGUAGAAAUCUACCUCCUACAGUAUGAUUUGUUGCUGAAGCUUUGCGUUGUCAAGAAAGAACAGUCUCAUUUUGAAUUAAGAAAUGCAUGCAUCUUUUUGUUUUUGUAUUUUAUAACAUUUUUGCCCUCAAAGUAACGAGUAAAGCCUUGAGGGCUACAACUCAACCCUCCCAUCAGCCCCUUCUCCACAGUCCAUUCCCUCAGCCAAGAAACAUCUCCAUUGGUUUGGAAUUCAACAGUCACACUCCAUUAAGAAGUAGCAGCCAGUACUUUGCAUUGCUGCUUGGAGAGAUAGAGACAGGAUUGAUCCAUCAGAAAGGCUGCCAGCUGUAGCUCUUUCCAUUCCCUCAUGGCCACCUAGGUUUUUCCUCAAAAGGUGUUGGCAGACUCAAAGCCUCUGGUCUCAUCAACACAUCCAAAUGGUGGAUGGCCUUAUCCUAAUACUGCCUCUCUGCUGAUUUUCUCUCAAAUCCCUUCUGACAUUUAGCUCAGCGCCAUUUCAUUUGUCUGAGCAUUUGCAGUUGGGUAGGAGGGACAGUUAGUUGAUCAUUGUAUCUUCAAAUGAAAUGGGAUUCAAAGUGAUUUGAAAUGCAAGUAAUUUUUGUAUCAUGUCAACAGUUUAAAAAAGAACCAAGAAUUCUUGUUCACCAUCUUUUUGUUUUUGAGUAUAGACAGGCUUUGAGGAGUACGCACCAUGAAAGGUACCAAAAAUUCCCAUUUAAACAUUACCACAUGCAAGAAUUACUAUUUACUGUACACAUUUAAAAGCUCCUAGCACAAGUGUGUUUCACAGUCAGCUGCUUGUCAACAUGGGUACCAUCCUAAAAAUAGACAUUCAUUUUCAUGACAAAUCACAGAAGUGAAAGCUCUCCUGCACAUAUUGAAGGAAGUUUAUUCAUAAGCAUCUGUAAGUACAAUCCAGAAGAUCUGUCUUACCUUUAGAAUUAAUCAGAUUUUCUGUUCAUGUACCUAGCCACACAUUGACCACCCUCUGCUCAUACCAGUUCACCCAAGACAAGUUCUGAUGCCUCAAGUAUUGAAACAGGAUCUCCUGAAGCAAUAAAGGGGGCUUUGAACCCAGAGAUUGUUUGAUAGUCUGGGGGCCUUCUGGUAAAUUUGUGUGCUGUUAUUACAGCACCAUUCUUACACUUCUCUUUGAUAUGGUACAUGACUUAACACAACGGUGGGGCUUGUCCUCAAAGAAUACUAAACAGGCCCUUGUCAGUGUGGACACUGUGUUACAUCGCUUCACCAACAGUCUGGAUUACAGAGGGCUCAAGGCAUAAAGCUCUUGUCCACCCACGCCCUGAAGAACAGAGAUAUAUUAGUUAUGGAACUAUUGCGACUUGUGGUCAGCAAGGUCAGUGUAUGAAAGAAAGUUUAUAUGAAAGGGUGUGGAAGUGUAUAAAGACUGGUGACAUGCACUGUGGUAACGUCACCAAAAAUAAAGCACACUCAUCUUCUAAACAUGUAUGAAAUGAACAAUGAAAAAGUUGUGCCACAGGUCAUUGUCCCAGAUUGGAAAAUAAGAACAAAACUUCAUGUCCCAUCACUAGUAUAUGACACCUAGCCUGUUGUUAUGACGAAUAACUCUUUCUGCAGUACAAAUGUGAAGGAUUUUGCUGCAUUGCUGUUGCUUAACAGGGCUUGUUUCACUAAUUGGUUCAUGUUCUGAUCACAAUCUUCAAAGCCUCAGCACGGAACAGCCUGCAUAGUGUCAAGAACUUGGACCAAGGCAGAGUUCCUCUUUCUAUUUUUGUCAUGUCUGAAUCAUUCAUCAGGGAAUCAUUUCCACGCCACAACCCAUGUAUAAUCAAUCACCAACAGGCCACCAAAGGCCUGUGAAGGUGUUAUUACAAUCAUACAGUAAACUGAGUCUGAUACCUUCCACACCCAGGAUAUUAGACAUAUUCAUCACUGACGAAGAUCUCCGCAGCCAUCAGCAUGAAUGAUAAUUUACUUCAGGGCUUGGAGACGGUUAAUUGACUCCAUAUUAGGAGCACACUUGAUUAAUUAUUCAGAGCUAUCCACCCGUUCUGCGGUUGCCUUUCUGUCAGGUGCACUGGGAGGCAAUUUGUAGGCAGUAACUCGACUUCUCCCACUCAAUGCAAGGCUGUCUUCCCAACAUGUUGUUUGACCUUUCAAUAUAUGAUGGGGAUUUCAUGCAUUGAAGAGACAAGCCUGCCAUGAAAAUGGUAUACAUUCUCUCUGAAUUUGCUGUGUCCCAGGGUGCACUUUGGUCUGUACUGAAAAUAACUGGAGGUAAAAGCACGAUAGCACUAUAGCAUACUUGUACUGUCCAUCAUCUUGUGUUGGAAGUCUCAAAAUUGCACCAGUCUUUGUCGCACAGAUGUGAUGUAAUGGCUAUAUGUAUAAAAAAAAUCUUGUAUUGUGUGCAAGUACGCAAAGCUAUAAGAAGAGUCCAAACUCCAGGGUUUUCCUAUCUAGUGGAUAGAUUUGUGGGGGCAGUUUUCUUAAUCUUGUCAUUCUUUUUGGUACCUAAAUUUUUUUUGAGUUUAUAUAAACACUUGUGGACACUACAGAAGUGAAAUAAGCAAAGACUUAUCGAAGACAAAUUUGUCAUAAACGACUGAAAAUAGCCGUGCUCACUAUUGUGGAGGUUGAGCUGCAGUUGUUCAGCAGUGUGCAACAAAAAAUCAUCAAUCAAGAGAUUUACUUGUCCAGUGCCUGUUUUGGUAGGUCAUGGAAAUGUCUCAUCUGUAUUUGCACUGAAUCAUUACAGUUAUAGCCUGAAUCGUUUAGCUUUCAAAUUGGAUUUGGGAUGCUCUCUUAUGAACCAUGUCAUGCAGCCAUCUGACCAUCCUUCUAUUUGCUUAAGGAAGUGUUGAACUUCUGCAAAAAUGCCAGAGGUAGUUUGUGUUUAAAACCAAACUCACCAUCUUUGAGGUUCUUCUAUGAAAUACAGAUGGGCAAUGUUUCAUGUGUAGCUGCCUUUAAGAAACUCUUGUGAUCAGAUCAGAGUGAAAGAUGGGUAAUACAACUAACCUGCUGGGUACUACUAACUUACUGGGUGAUAUGAGCUUGUUUGGGUACCCUAGAGUCUGGCAGUAUAUUAGGUAAGCUAGUGUGCUUAUUUUAGGAUACCUAAAGUCCAUGGGUAUACCAAUGUAGUACCAAUGACAAGCUUCAAGGAAUAAAACAGGAAAUGGAUAAAGUAGUCUUUUGCUUUCAGGGCUUUGGUCUCAGAUGCACUGAUGUUAGGCUUGUCUCUAUAGAAGGACCUUUGAGUGACUGCUGUAGACUACUUGUAUUCUCAUGGCACCACCACACUUUGAGCCUCACAAAACAAAUCCCUCGUUAUUAGCCCAUGCUGUAAAACUUAGCCAGUGAUGGGUUGGACUGAGGUAAUCUAAUCAGUGGACAAUGGCUUUCCUAUAAAGCAUGUCAUACCCGGGUAACUGUGAAAAGGGAUUUCCCCAAAAUGGGCAGGAGAUCUAGAGCUGACAUGGUCUUUCUAAUCAGGUUUUAUAGCCUUGGAUCUUAGUAACCUGCCAAUUUUACAAAAACAAGCUGCUUUUGUGCCAUUUCUGGUUAUAGAUCAAAUUAUUUUAAUAAUAAACACUGGGGAUGACUCAUAGUGUGAUAGCUUACCUUUCUAUGUCCCUAUUUAGAAUUCCUAAAAUUUGGUAUGCAUCGAGUGCAAAGCUUGAUGCAGACCCUACAGCUUGCAUUUCCAUUGCAAGCAAAACCACAAAUUGCAAUCUGUCAGUUUUAUGAAAUUGAUCAUAUACAGUGUAGCACUUAAGUGCGUCAUUUGCGGAAAUGUGGCAGUAUUUGCAGCUGAUUGGAAAGUUACAGGCUGACUUGGUGAUGAAACCAUUUCUACGCUAAGCAAAGUGUUGCCUCUACUGUUGUGACUUUGACUACUCCAGGCCACAGAAGGACCCUGUGAAAAAGGAGCUUUGGAUCACGAGGUUACUGCGAUACGUUAUAUUUACAAUGACAACGUGAGAGCGCAUACGAUUCAAGGAAAGAUGCGGUCGUAUUCUGCACUGUACUCGCAAUCAGCAGACUUGUGCGAUGUGUGUCGACAAUGAUACUCAUCAUCAACGGUGGCUGGUUUUCCACCAUAUUGUAAUCUUUAUAUGUGAGGUCUGGAUUCCCUGGCGGGACUUUGACUGUACAGCAUUUAAUAAGUAGUGCGAAGCAAUUAUAUAGCAUGUUCUGUACAUGUGGCAAUGUGAGCUGCCGGUGAGAGCCUGCCUUAUGUGAUGUGUUACUGCAUAUCAGUACCAGUUGUCCUAGAAUCUUGGACCUACACGGUCGGCAAACGUGAGGCCAGGUGCAGAAAGUUGUACAGCAUCCAUGUUGGAAUUUGAUAGAAUAUGAUAUGACUCUUGACUUAAUGAAUGUGACUUUAACCUUGCUGAUUCAGUUGUUGUAAAAAUUAAAGCAGUAUCAAAACAAGAUAAACUACUGCUUAAAACAAGGUUUUUGUGGUAAGGGUUCCUAUGUAUAUGUAUAGUGGAAAUAGACUUCUAAUCUGACAAAUUUUACAAUGUUACAUCUUUUCUGACAUACUUUUGGUUAAAAAAAGGCAGAAUCAACUUUUUGAAUUUAAACGCGACAUGGGAGAACAUGUAACAAUAUCUUCCUUACACAAAAUGAGAUUAUACCAUACUUAGAUGCAUAAUUAUAUGUGACAAUAUGUCCAUGCCAUUGAUAUGAACAGUAUAUGUAUGUGCACACAGAUGUCUCUUGUCAUUCAGACUUUUAUCAUUCAUGUGGGACAUGUGAGCUUGACAUGCCUUACCUUACAUGGAACAUCAAGCAGUCAUAUUGCAGCAUUGUAUAGAAAUGUGAACCAGAUUGCCAUGAUUGAUAUGAUCAUGCCAUGAACAUCUUUCUAUAUGAAGUACACAAGUGGAAUGUAUGUUGUAAUCCUAAGUAUAACCAAGUUUUGAAGAAAAUUAUUUUUGCAACAACAUGUACUCAAGAACCAUGAGUUCUAUUAUGAAAAAUGUUUAGCCUAUGUAAAGGAAGGGCUGUCACAGGUUAAUAUCACCAAUGAUUGUAGCAGUUCCUGAUACAUAAUCAUGAAAUUCUAAAGCAUGAUAACAAUGUGAUAGUGAUUUGAAAUUGCAGACGAAAUCAUCCACCAGCUUACCAUUGGUUGGUCAUCAAAAUUCUGUCCUUCACUUGUUUCAGGACUGUUUUGGAAAUCUCCAUAUCUUUCCAAGUGAUCUGAUCAUUUGGAUAAUGUUGCCAAUAGUGUACAUUCAAAACUCCUGUCUGUUAGCCAUUGUUUGUGCUACAUGCAGUUCAGGUUUACUCAGAGAACUCUUCCUGAUGGUUAUUCACUAAUAUUGUAUACGGGAACAUAAACCUGUGGCUGCACUUCAGACUCCAUCCUCCUGUUGAUGAGAAAUUGGAUGAAUUAUGUAUUAUAUACGUCCUUGGCAUUUUCUUGCCAUCCAUAUUGUGAAAUGCACUUACUGUCUAUGCAGUGCAUCAACGUUCUGUGGGAGGAUUAAUGUGAUGAGGAUUUUGGAGUAAUUCUAGGUUUGAUUAUGUGCACUCUUCUGUCAGCGGCAGUCCCAGGAUGAGUUGUUGCUGACAUGUGGCUGCUUUGAUGAGAUUUUAAAAAAAGCCGGAGGAUUUAGGACAGAGUCCAAAUAUCUAGUAACAUCGCUCGCUAAGUAGAUUCUGGCAAUGGCUUUUAUUGCAUAGGCAGCUCUUCUGCGAAUUGCGAGGUAAAUUAUGUAAGGAUUUGGGGAUAAAAUGGCUGGGCUGAUGUGGAGAUGCCAGAAGUGCACGUUCAAUAUGCUGAUUGCCCCAGUAUUGAUUCCUGGUACAAUUUGCUGAGUAUCAAGGAAGCUACCGCAUCUCAUUUUUGUCAUACUCCCCGAAGGGUUACAAAACAGAGGAGGAAAAAACAACACGAUCCAUCAAUAUCGUUUUUACCAGUUUUACAUCAGAAUAUGCGUAUACCUUGCCAAUGUAUAAAGAUUUCCUGAUGGAUGAAAUGUAAUAUAUAUUUUGGAAGAAAAUUGUUGCCAACAAAUUGAGCAGAAUAUAGCCUACAGUGAUAUUACAUAGUCCAGAGUAUGAAUACUGGUAUGUUACCUUGUCGAUUUACUAGAAAUAAUUGUGCAUAAGUAGACAUGCUGUAUAUCAAUCAACAGUAAAUUUUGGAGCCAUAAAAGUAGUCGUAGAAAUAGUGAAGAGGUAGUGUCGAUAAAUAGAUACAUUGUAGAUAUCUACUCCGCUUUUGUUGCUUGUAAAGUAAAGUUUCUUGUUGGCUAGCUGGAGGCUUCUCGUAAAAUGAAUGCUCUUCCUGUACUGCUGCAGGCUGUACUCGAUACACACUUUUGAAUAAAGCAAAUUUUGUGAAGCACCA